ACCUUCAUCUUAUUUAAGGAGAAAAAACUGUUUGUUUUCUUAUACACCUGAAGAAAGACUAGAAGAGCUUUGUUGAUUCUUGGAUAUAUGGAAUUUACCAGUUUGGUUGAUACUUCAUUGGAUUUGAGCUUUAGGCCUCGUCCAGUUCUUGAUAAAUUGCCGAAACAAGAAGUUCAGAGUGAUUUCACUGGAUUGAGGGGAGACAAUAUGGGGGUGAAAAAUGAGACAGUGGAUUUGUUAGAGGAACUAAAUAGAGUGAGCAGUGAAAACAAGAAGCUUACUGAGAUGCUCACAGUGGUUUGUGAAAAUUACAAUGUUUUAAGAAACCAAAUGAUGGAGUAUAUGAGCACACAAAAUGGUGUGGCAGAUGAUAGUGCAGGGUCAAGGAAGAGAAAAGCUGAAAGUAUCUCCAAUCCCAACAACAGCAACAGCAACGUCAACAUCAACAACAACAACAACAACUUGGAUGUUGUGCCUGGACGUUCAUCAGAAAGUAGCUCAAGUGAUGAAGAGUCUUCUUGCAAGAAACUUAGAGAAGAGCACAUAAAAGCCAAGGUUACAGUUGUUUCUAUGAAGACUGAUGCAUCUGAUACCUCUCUUAUUGUAAAGGAUGGUUAUCAGUGGAGGAAGUAUGGUCAGAAAGUAACAAGAGACAACCCUUGUCCAAGAGCUUACUUUAGAUGCUCAUUUGCACCUACCUGUCCUGUCAAGAAGAAGGUUCAGAGAAGCAUAGAAGAUCAGUCUAUUGUGGUGGCAACAUAUGAAGGAGAACAUAACCAUCCAAUGACCUCAAAACCAGAAGCAGGAGGUGCAAAUACUACUAGUACUUCCACUGGCAGCCGGUUAAAUGUGACGACUAUCGCGGGUACUACUGCUUCAGUACCUUGCUCUACAACUCUCAAUCCUUCAGGACCAACCAUUACUCUCGAUCUUACUGCACCGAAAACAGUAGAAAAACGCGAUAUGAAGAUGAAUCAGAGUGCUAGUCCUACCGGUGGCAAUAGCAUUCAUACAUCAACAGGAGUUGAAUAUCAAAAUAGGCCAGAGUUCCAACAGUUCUUGAUAGAGCAAAUGGCUACUUCCUUGACCAAAGAUCCAAGCUUCAAAGCAGCACUUGCUGCCGCCAUAUCAGGAAAAAUCCUCCAACAUAAUAAUCAGACGGGCAGAUGGUAAAUGAAAGUCCAGCAGAGCAGUCAACUACUGUGUGUGGAUGAAGAAGCCGGUGUACUAAAGCUCCCGCGAUAAUCUCCUAGCCACACGGCAGCAACUUUACCAAUUACUCCAAAGCUCUCCUUCUACAACUCUGUACGGAUGGCUUAGACAAUUGUUCAAUAUUUUCCAAUUUGUCGACUCAUUUUAAAAGUUCUUAGAGAAAAAGGCAACAAGUUAUUGUUCAAUGUAAAUACCGGAAAAGUUGUUUAACUUUUGGACCGCUAAGUUGGACUUGGGAGGUGCACGUGAGAAUGGAAUCUUGCUGGACUGGAGAAAUUUUCAACAGCACCCAUAUUGGGUCCCUGCAACAUGGACUUGCUCUGAGUUGGCUAGAUUGAGACUGCAUUGUCCUAGAACAUUUAAGUUGUUGAAUUUGACAACUUUGUAGAACAUACUGAAAUGAGAUAAGAAAUAUAUCCAAUUUGAUUUGCGUCUG